AUGUCACAAGUCAGGAAGUGGACAGUGAGGGAUGCCACACUGUCCCUGGUGCACAGCUAUGUCUUGAAUGGCUGGCCAGAGGUGAAGGAUCCUCAACUCAUGCCAUAUCACACCCACCGUCUAGAGUUGAGUACGCGAGAUGGGUGUGUCCUGUGGGGAGCCAGAACAGUGAUUCCUCCGCAGGGGCGGUCUGUUCUGUUGAAGAUGUUCCAUCAGUCACAUUCCGGCUUGUCUCGUAUGAAAGGUUUAGCAAGGUCUUACAUGUGGUGGCCGCGGAUGAAUGAGGAUAUCGAAAAGGAGGUCAGCAUAUGCGUGGAAUGCCAGCAAAACAGAAAAUCGCCACCUAAUGCACCACUGCACCCCUGGGAAUGGCCCGAGCUGCCAUGGUCUCGCAUUCAUGUGGACUCCGCAGGGCCGUUCUUGGGCAAGAUGUUCUUGGUGAUAAUCGACGCACAUUCGAAAUGGCUAGAGGUUUAUCCGCUGAAUGCCUCUACAACACAUGCAACAAUUGAAAAGCUACGGCAGUGCGUCGCAGUCCAUGGAUUGCCACAGAUAUUACUCUCUGACAACGGCAGUUGCUUCACAAGUGCGGAAUUCAGCCAUUUUAUGUCACAGAACGGGAUUCAGCAUGUCACCUCAGCGCCGUUCCACCCCUCCUCUAACAGUUUAGCGGAGCGGGCAGUGCAGACCUCUAAAGAGGGGAUGAAAAAAAUGAGAGGAGAUAGCAUCGAGGCCAGAGUUUCCAGGUUCUUGUUCAGCUACCGCAUCACCCCUCAGGCAAUGACAGGGUUGUCCCCUGCAGAAGUGUUGAGAUCUGCUGAGACUGAGACCUGCGUUUGA